ACGGGUCACGUGCCAGUCAAAAUUGAAAGAUGGCGAGCGCUGGACGAGGAAAGGCAGCUGCGAAUCCGUUUUUAGAUGACGAAUGCGAAGAUGUGGACGACUUCACUUUCCUCAACAGUGCCCGCAAAAACACUUCGCCGUACUCGCUGGGCAAUGAGCAAAAUCUGCGCAAUCAGCAGUGGGAGCAGCAGCGCGACCAGCUACUGCUCGAACGUCAGCAGCUGGAAGACAGCAUCCUGCAAAGCUCCAACUCGGCCGUUCGCGUACUGUACGACACGGAACAAGUUGGCAUAGCCACUGCCGAGGAAUUGGCGCACCAAGGUGAACAGCUUAGAAAUGUCGACCGUAAACUGGACACCAUCAACACGAACCUCAAAGUCAGCCAGAAGCACCUGAAUUCCAUGAAGAGUAUUUUUGGAAGCAUCAAGAGUUACUUUCGCGGCGGCAGCAGCGCUGAUGCCUCCAGAAAUAUGGGUGCAACUGCUGGAUUUGGAGUCGAUGAAGAAGAAGAAGAGCGGCCUGCAACUGAGCUUGAGAAGGCGUUGAACAAGGUGAAACAGGACAGCAGCGCAUCGAGGCCGUCCACACAUCCUGCUUUUCGGGUUCGAGGCCUGGACACCUCUGGAUUCGGGGCUGGCUUUGAGGAUGAGAAGGGGGACUUCGCUGCGCGACCCCAGCAAGCACCUUACAAGAGUCGUACAGCUGAAGUUGAGCAGAAGCUGGACUCGAACCUCGAGGAACUUGGCAGUGGUUUGGGGAGACUGAAGUUUCUGGCGCAAGGCCUUGGCAAAGAGCUUGACGACCAGAACGAGUUGCUGGACAACCUGACGGAGAAGACGGAUCUGGCUGAAGGAACCGUCGUGCACCAGAACAGUCAGAUCAGGCGAAUCCUCAAGAAGUGAGUGGCACCACCACAGCGGACGACAGCCAGGUGUGCCCGUGACAAGGUUGACACACCGGUGUGAAAUGCUUGCAAGAACAGCGUGGAAGAGAAUGUCACAAGAUUGUGUUACACCGAUGGAGUUUGUGGAGCUUAGAAGUGAAUACUCUAGGGAACUAUCUUCAGCUGUUCCAGAAUUUUGUAUUUAAUUGCCACAAGACGCAGGACUUGAAUUAAAACAGUUCAGUCAGACAUUACUGCAACACUGUAAAUAUUGCAAUGGAGGUUUGUCUCCAUGUGGUCAAGGCUGCAUUGGCUAAAGUAUGCAAAAUUUUGAGAAUGUCUCUGUGCAAGGCAGAAGUGUUAGCAUUCUCAGUAUUUUCAUUUAAAUGCUACCAUCAGUGUUAAAAAAAGGUGUAACAUUUGGUUGUUUCGUGUUGAAUACAAAAUGUUAUACAAAAUGCAAAAGUAACUAUUGGUUAGCGUUAUUUUCUUGUUAACAUUUAUAGAAUGUGAUAGCACAAUUGUCUUAGCUGGCAUUAUUUAACUAGGCCAAUUACAUGUUCUAAGAGAACUGGGAAACUUUUUUUAGGAUGGGGUCUCAGCUGCAUAGCAAACUACUUGGUGUACUAGUAUUUGCCAUAUGUUUGGACUUACUGUAGAUGGCGACACCUUGAUUUCAUGGUACUCUUAGUGGCACCAGCUGAGAAAAAUUACUAAUAAAGUCUUAUUUGGUGUUGUGGUGAUAUUCAAUUGUGCUCUUACAAGGAGAGCACAGCUGUCUAGUCAGAGAGCCAUCGAAAAUGGCAGCUGAGCUGGAAUUUGUGUGCAAUUCAUGUAAACAUCAAGCACUUCACUUUGUACACAGGCUUAAACAUUUCUUUCUUUGGAAGUUGCUGCAGCCAUAAUCGUCAAGUGUCUUCAUUAAGAUACCAUUGGCUCAAUAAAAGUGUUAUGCCACAUUGCUUGCUGGUUGUUAGACUGCAAAGCUAGGAUAGUUGGUUGUUGAGAAUAAACAUCGUGCUAGCUGACUGUGCAUUUUUUUUUUCUAGCCCAAUGUUUAGACUUAAAAAAUAUUGAGGCCAAAUAGAGUUUCAAUGCAUGGAAGCUGGUGGAAAAAAAUCUAAUAGGAAACAAUGCCCAAAAGACAGCCCAGGAGACGAGCCAUCCAAGCGUGACAGAGCUAUGACAAAAGUACUAUCGUGAGUAAUAAGCGGGAACACGCAAAUGCGUGGGCAAAUAGCCUCGAAACCAAGUUAGAGCGAUACGCAGAUGGUACUGACGAAAACAGACGGGAAAGGGGGGUGCUCUUCCGGUAACUGUUGGAACUCCCACCACGCCUGUGUUUGUUGAAAACCGCAGCUUACGACAGUUCACUGGCCGCCGACAGCCAAUGAGACAGUUAUGUGUCACAGUGACUGACAGCGAGUUUUUUUGUUCAUGCAACCGUAUGACGGAACUUUUAGAUCUUGGCUCGUAUUUUAAACCAUUUUUUUAAUGUCAAUCGACACGUUGAGUUGCUUACUCAUUAAAACUGCUACUUUUGGCCACGCUUCGGUGCACAGUUACCAAUAACUGCAAUACCAGACAGUUAUCACUGUACGCUGGCGAUGUGAAGUUCUGCAUUUGGGUAAACAGACCCAUGGUGGGAGUACGUACCAACAGUUAUUAGAACAGCACCCCCUUUCCACUUUGUUUCCGACGGCGCCGCCGCGUAUCGCCCAUAGCAGAGUUCGAGGCUAUCUGACGCGCUCGUAUUGCUCACGAUAGUACAUACAGUGUUUGGAAGGUGGAAAGUUUCAACAGCAUCUGUGAUUAGGUAUGCGCACACUUUCCGCCUAGUCAGGACAACUUUUGUUAAUGUGCUCUGGGGCAGAGGCAGAAGACCAAGUAAAAAUUGGCAAACAAAAGUAUGCUAAUGAUAAAUGUUUGUGCAAAUCAGAAAAUGAUCUAGUACAGCGUAAAGGCAUUACGCAUAAAUCAUGUUGGCAUGCACUAGAAGCACAUAAAACACCAAUUUAUUUUUUAUAAUGGUCUCCAGUUGGGACGGCAAGGUAAGGUGUCAUGCAUAAGUUGCGCCGUAUGAGCUAGAGGCAUGUGGUAGCAGCGGUAAAAAAAGUUUUACAGAUAAUAAUGGCCACACAUUCACAGCGUAGCUGUGUGUGUGGGAUCAAGUAGAAGUACCACAUUUGGCAAGCCGUGUGAGGCACACGUCUUCACACAAAUCUGAAUAUUCUCAAGCAUACCUAAAUGUGACACUCCUUGUCUAUGCCAACUGGAGAUGCUAUGUCUGUGCAAGUACUGCGUGUUGUGCUUCAAUGAUGCUUAUCUGCAAUUUCUGUAGAGAGAAGAGCUUCUCCAGAAGCAUCCCUCUACUUCAGUUCGUUCAGGUGCAGAUGCUGAGAAGGCUUGAUUACGAAAAUGUAGUAGUUCAGAAAUUGAUAUUAGCAUUGUGAAGCACAGUGCCUACUUGCCUUUGAGGGGUGAUGCUGUCCUGCACUAAAUGGACUCUAGGAGAAAUGCUGAUUCAAGGUGUGUUUUUGAAUAGACCUGUAGAACAGUGGCAAUAUCCCACAUUUGUCAUUAUUGACCACAUGAGGAAAAUAUACGGCAUUCGACUUGGCACUUGAAUCCCAAGCCAUAGUUGCUAGCGUUAAUGUUGCUGACAUUUCGAGCACAAGCUAGGUCUUAUUGGGAAGUUCGCCUAGCUAUCUUCACCACUUUGUGGCAGGGUCCAUCCUAGUGGCACACACCUGCGUUACUUCACAACUUGUAAUUCAUAUCGAAGGCAUAUCGUAGGAGUUUUCAGUAGACUUAUCAGCCCAGCGUCUCUUUUGGUUUGCUUUACCUGCAGUUUGCACACAUGGGCGCCGUCGAGGAGCGCAUAUUUCACAGUUCCAAUGAUCCUCCUAGGCAGAAAUACGAGUGGCAUGCAGUCAGCUUGGCUGUGGGGUAAUGAGCAAAGCCAAAUGAAUGAGCUGUCAUGGUCCAUUCGGUCAGCUUAGCGGUGGAGUGAAGGAUACAUUCUUUUGACAGCACGAGUGUUGAACCCACACGCUGUAGCGUCCCCACUCGGCAACUGCAUGCAGCUUGCAAUGGUACAUGUGUGAGUGGAGUGGACUGUGAAUGCCAAGCUAAAGUUGUCUAGUUUCUUCAGGAGGCUCAGUCUCUUGAAUGGCGGUAUCUGGCUGCUUGGAGUGGUGAAUCAUGUUUCAACUGCAGAUACUGGAACUUGUAGAAUGCAGCAGGGGAUGAUGGCGGGGUGGUGGAUACUAUCAUGAGGAGUAGAUACUUCGUGCACAGUACUACAUUAUAAAUAACCUCUACAUUGGUGAAGAAGGAAGAAAAAAAAAAAAAAGGUUUAAGUGAUGAUGGUAAAUACUUUAUUGAAUGUUGUUUAAAGAUGGUGGGCAAAGGAAACAGAGCUUCACUGGCCUCUGAUUCAUAUUCAUAUUGUAAUUGGUGACUAUUACGAAGCAAAAUUACAGCUGCAAGCUGCAAAGCCAAUCUUCGAAGUUUCCAUGUGUUUCAAACAUGGGGCAAUCUGCCACAGACGGCAUUUGUCUAUCUGGGAGAUAUUACUAGAAGUAGUGUCUGUCGAGUCGUAUUCUUUCUUCCCGUUAUUUCUGAUAGUGGAGUUUCUUAUCUGUGAUCCGUGUGCUUAGAGACCACCACAGUUUGUUUGACCUAUGCAUGCACAUAAAAAGGCUUUGCAGUCUCAAUAAAUCAGUGUUACUAUAAUGAUGUCCAUACUUUGUACAAUCCACUGUGUAGCUGUUUAUCACAUAUGAAUUUGGAACUGUGAUCUGAGCUUUUUGUCUUCAGUGGUUUGUUCAAGUUUAGUAUUUAGGAAGCUUCUUCUUCAGAAAUUACUGCAAGAACACUGUGAUGUGGUUUUAUGUAUGUAGGUUAUAUGCACACAGUCAUACAUGUUUUGCUCUUACAGGAUAUACAAGAGUCUCUUUGCUGUAUGAAAAACUAAUAUGAUUUUUAUGUAUGUACUUUCCAUUCAAUACAGCAAAAGAUGCAUGUCAUGCAGAUGCUUUUCAUAUACAGUACAUUCCGCUAUCAGUGAACUGUGCUUUUAUGCAAUAAAAUGCUGGUCACCUGUUCUGUA